UCCGGCCCCAUCCCCCAGGUUUUUCGGGUGGGGGAGGGGGCGCGUCUCGGCGAGUCAUGAUGAUGGCGGCCACCAUCCUGUGGUGAGCUAGCGGAUUCUCUACUUGUCUCGAAGAGCCCCUCGCACCUCUUGCAGACUCAGUGGCUGGCGCCGGGCGCGUGAGGAAGCACGGCGGCCCGAACUCGCGGGGAAGGCCGCAGUCGCGGAGACAGCGGCCCGGCCUGGGGCCAGUGCUGGGGAAGAGGCCGCUCCGCAGGGCGAAUGUGACAAGCCCCCACCCCCACCGCCUUCCUCCCGAGUGCACGAGGAGCGCGGGCGACCCCGGGGCCCCGCCAGGCCACAGACCCCGCCCAGCGGCCAGCACCCGGAGCAGGCCUGGCAUCGGAGCUGCGCGUCGGCACCAUGCAGGUCACCCUGAAGACCCUCCAGCAGCAGACUUUCAAGAUUGACAUCGACCCAGAGGAGACGGUGAAAGCACUGAAAGAGAAGAUUGAAUCUGAAAAGGGGAAAGAUGCCUUUCCCGUAGCAGGUCAAAAAUUAAUUUAUGCAGGCAAGAUCCUCAAUGAUGAUACUGCUCUAAAAGAAUAUAAAAUUGAUGAGAAAAACUUUGUGGUGGUUAUGGUGACAAAACCCAAAGCAGUGACAACACCAGCACCAACAACAACUCAGCAAUCAAAUGCUGCCACCACCACCACAGUUAGUUCCUCCACAGCACCAGCUGCGGCUCAGGCCCCAACCCCCACACCUGCUUUGGCUCCCACUCCCACACCUGCAUCGGUCACUCCAGCAUCAACAACAGCAUCUUCUGAACCUGCACCUGCUAGUGCAGUGAAACAAGAGAACCCUGCAGAAAAGCCAGCAGAAGCACCAGUGGCUACUAGCCCAACAUCAACUGACAGCACAUCGGGAGAUUCUUCUCGGUCGAAUCUUUUUGAAGAUGCAACAAGUGCACUUGUGACAGGUCAGUCUUAUGAGAAUAUGGUAACUGAGAUCAUGUCAAUGGGCUACGAACGAGAGCAAGUAAUUGCAGCCCUGAGAGCCAGUUUCAACAACCCUGACAGAGCAGUGGAGUAUCUUUUAAUGGGAAUCCCCGGAGACAGAGAAAGUCAGGCUGUGGUUGACCCCCCUCCAGCAGCCACUACUGGGCCUCCUCAAUCUUCAGUGGCUGCAGCUGCAGCAACCACAACAGCAACAACUACAACUACAAGUUCUGGAGGACAUCCCCUUGAAUUUUUACGGAAUCAGCCUCAAUUUCAACAGAUGAGACAAAUUAUUCAACAGAAUCCUUCCCUGCUUCCAGCCUUGCUACAACAGAUAGGUCGAGAAAAUCCCCAGUUACUGCAGUUAAAGGCAUUAGGAUUUCCUGAAGGACUUGUGAUACAAGCUUACUUUGCUUGUGAGAAGAAUGAGAAUUUGGCUGCCAAUUUUCUUCUACAGCAAAACUUUGAUGAAGAUUGAAAGGGACUUUUUUUGUGUGGUUUUUUUUUUUUUUUUUUUUUUAAUCUCACACUUCACACCAGUGCAUUACACUAACUUUGUUCACUGGAUUGUCUGGGAUGACUUGGGCUCAUAUCCAUAAUACUUGGUAUAAGGUAGAUGGUUGGGGGUGGGGAGGGAGGGAUCUCUAGGAUAUAGGGCUGGGAUAAAUACAGUGCAUGUCUGCUUCAGUUAGCAGAUGCUGCAGAUCCACAGUGUGUAAAAUACUAUACAACCAAAAAUCAGCUUUUGCAGGCCUUUAUUUCUUGUAUAAAACAGUAGAUAACUUCCUAGGUUUCACUCUUUUUAGUGUGCUAGAUCCAGAAAUUUAGUGUAAUGCCCUGCUUUGUAUUUCUUUGACUUAACAUUGGUUUCAGAACGAAUCUUUGUUACCUAGAAUCUACAGUCUCUCUUUCAUGGCAACACUGGAUAAUGGCUUUGUGAAAUCGAAAACAAUUUUGAAACAACUAUAAACAGAAAUGCCAAAUUAUUGAUGGUUAUUGUUGCUGCUUCAAAUAAGUAUAAAAUUAAUGUCAAGAAAGCCUAUUCUUUUGUGUUAAAUACUUGGGGUGGGGGAGGGGAGAAGGGGGACCCUUUUCUUAAAAUGAAAAUAAUUACUGCUAUUUUAAAAUCUCUUGAUCAUUGAAUGUGAGACCCUUCUAACAUGAUUUGAGGAGCUGUACAAGUAUAGGCAGAGUUAUUUUCCUGUUUACAUUUUUUUGGUUUGUUUUGGGGGAAAAUUGGUAAGUGUCUAAUUACUGUUUACUUCAUUGUUAUAUUGCAGUAAAAGUUUUAAAAUCAUCAUUGCAUGUUUGCUUUUGAUGUAUCCCUUUGUGAAAUGAGCACCUUGGGGCCAAUGGAGAAACGCAGCACUCACUCUCCCUCUCUUCCCUUCCCUCAGCAGAAAUGUGUUUGUCAGCAAGUCGUGAGUUCAAACUGCUGCCUUUUUUAAAACCUACAAAAUGCCGAUUCAGUUCAAAAUUAAUGCAAAUGUUUCGAAACUGGGUUUCUAAUAUUUGUAAAUGUUUUUCCUUAUUAGAUAAGAAUGUAUGACCAUUAAAGUCAUUAGGAGUCUACUGCUUUCAAAAAGAAGGUGGACAGAACUAUAAUCCAGCAUCUUUGAUUACGUUGGAAAGACUGGUGAAGUCUUUUGGAAGGGUUGGGAGAUGUGGCUGGGAAAAUACUUUGGAAAAUAUACAAUCAAGAUAUCUCAUGGCAUAUUAAAAACAAAUCUUAAUAGCAGUGUUGGCUUUUAUUUGGAUUUUUUUUCAUCUCAGUUUUUUCUUUGGAAUCUCCUUCAUUGGCACUGUUAUUUGAUCAUAAAGACUGGGUAGAUGUCUACUUGUUCAGUUUUUCAAAUCUAUUUUCCUGAAUAUAAACAAGACUAUUUAAAGAAAAAAAUGUUUUUCCUACCAUCUUAUACUGAGUUAAGAAGAUGAAUUUGCACAGAUUUCUCCCUGCAUAAUCUCUUGCAAUAAUCCUUAGCACUGUUUGGUGAUGACUUUUAAGCUUUUACGUCAUGCACUUGUAACCUAUUUCAUGAAAAUAAGUGAAACCAUAAUUUCUCCCUGCAAUGUUCAUCAUGCAGUUUAAUCUUCAUGUGUGUAUUCCGUAAACGCAGCAGGCCUUUGGACUUUGUAUUACCUGUGUGUUUUCUAAUGGAUCAUGCAAAAUGUCUCAGGAAAAUAAAAUGAGAAUUCGUACGUAA